AUGUCUGGUUGGAGUAAUGGUGCAGCAAUGGCAGUUGAAUAUGCACUCAAUACACCUGGAAUAGCUGCAGCAGCUGUCUAUUCAGCACCAGAUCCUUAUCAAGAUUAUCAUGAUCCAUGUAAUCAAACGUCUUAUCCAUCUCAUUUUACACCUGUACGUAUUUUAUAUAAUCAAUGUGAUGUUAUUAAUAUUUGUGUGACUGGUAUGGCAUUCAUCAAUGGUUUAAAAAAUCGUUAUCCGACUGAACUGAUCGCUGAAGGUAUAAUUAUUGACUCGUUAUGUCAAAUAACUUCAACAUGUAAUCCAUUAUGUACCAGUGAAUUAGGUCUAGGUUUAAUACAACAUUCUAGAUGGCCAACAUCACUCAAUGAUAAAAUUUUCUUUGACUUUUUUCGACAACAUUAA